AUGGGCCUUGUGACAGCGUCGAAACCGUUGUCAAUUUUAUUUAUAGAGCCUAUUCCAUCGAUUAGCCACCACAUUUGGGCAGUGAAUUUAGUUAAAGGAUUGCUUCGCAAAGGCCAUCAUGUGCACGUAGUGAGCAUACACGAGACUAAGGUCGAGAAUAAACUCGCGCAAAACUUGACAUACGACGUAUUUGACGUAAUGGAAACUUACGAAGAAGCUGAAGAUUAUAAUCCAUCUGAUUGGGGAGAGUACAGUGUGAUUUAUACAGCGUAUUUUACAUAUCAGUGGGGAAUGCUGGCAUGUGACACAGUAACAAAAACUAAAGCAGCGAAAGAACUUUUGGAAAUGGUCAAAACUGUCGGAUUUGAUGUUAUUGUGCAGGAUAUUUCAAUAAAUCAAUGUUUCCAUGGAUUAUGGGAGGUUGCUAAAAAUAAGCCACCUGUAGUGGGAUUUGUACCGUUUGGUCCUCUACCUUGGCUCAAGGAUUAUGUCGGUGGUCCAAGUUAUCCAACCGUUCGACCUUACCCGCAUGCAGCCAUUGCGAAACCCGUAGGUUUAUGGCAGAGAUCAUUGAAUGCUCUGUAUUUUGUUGUAGAUGAUCUUAUACGAUAUUACUAUUUCUUACCUAUUAUUCAACGGCAAACUGAGAAAUACAUAGGCCACGCUAUUAGACCAUUACAUGAAAUAGAGAAAGACAGUAUUAAUAUUGUACUAAUCAAUAGUCAUCCUGCAUUCGAGCCUGGAAUUCCAAUGCCGCCAAACAGCCUGGAGAUUGCAGGGCUUCAGGCCGUGCAAGCUAGCGAAGUAAUUGGAACAUAUCCCAAG